AUGACUAGCGGCGUGAAGCUUCCCAAGUUACGACUUCAAACUUUCAACGGCGAAGUCAGCGCGUGGCAGAGCUUCUGGGAGCAGUUCGGUCGUGCUAUUUACGAAAACGAUAGCAUUCCACGAUCGGAAAAGUUUCAGUACCUGCGCAACCAUGUAACCGGACCAGCGGCGGCGGCUAUCGCUGGGCUCCAGGCAACUGAGGCCUGCUACGACGAUGCCAUUGAAAUCCUGACACUGCGCUUCGGUGAUAAAGGAAGGAUCGAGCAAAAUCAUCUGGCGAAGCUCCGAGCACUGCCUCCUGUUGCCUCCGCGAAAGACACGAAAGGCCUUCGAAAGAUGUACGAUCACGUCCAGACGAACAUCCGAGGUCUGAAACGGCUCGGCGUGGGAUCGGCAACGUACUGCACGAUGAUGUCCGAUAUCCUCCUAAAGGCCUUGCCGAGCGAAGUCGUCGUAAAUUAUCACCGGCAGCAGGCAAGCAGCACUGCCUACAGGUCAACGGGAGAAACGCAAAACAGUCCGACUUCACUGACUUCACCAGCAGUGCAGGAAAAAGGACACUCUGUCAACGGACCACUUUCCACCCGGAGCGCUUCAAGGCCGCCCUCUUUUGCUGAUGCCGAAGAUGAGCUCGCCGAUAUUCUAAGCUUCCUUCGGAUCGAAGUUGAGAGUAGGGAGAGAGCCGGAGUAGUAGAAGAACGGCAAGAGACGCAGAAGAAAAGGACUGAAAGACCCAGAAUGCCAGCAGCCUCUGUGCUACAUGCAAAUAUCACAAGCCCCUGCUUCUUUUGCCGGUCCACAAAGCACGCAACAGAAGUAUGUACUGGCGACCUCACGUUAGAGGUGAAGAAAAGGAGGCUGGAGCAAGAAAACCGCUGCUUCACACGUUCCACGUCACGACCGCAACGUCGGCGACUAGUACAAGUAUGGUUGCACAGCCAAUACGGCCAAGAAGAGUGCGUCAUCGAGGUCGUCGAGGUACCCUUCAUCUGUAAGGACGUUGUGCAGGUACCCGUCGACCACGAAUUUGUUCGCCGUAUGAUGAAAAACGGCCGUCGUAUUGCGGACAUGCUUCUCUCCCCUCUGUCCACUGCUGAAGAGGGCAUUUCCCUUCUGGUCGGCUCAGACCAGUUGUGGCGAGUGAACGGUGACCAAGUGCUGCAUUGCAAGGAAAAUCAGAAGCUGGUAGCUAUAAGCACCAUUUUUGGCUGGACCUUUCAAGGCCCAGUGUCAAACCACAGCUCUCUCAAAGGCAGCGCCAGCAGCAUGGUAUGCGUGCUAAGAACGGAAUGCUUCACGAACGAGGACGUCGGAGACAUCCUGCGGCGUUUUGGGGAGCUAGAGAGCAUCGGAAUUUCUGACCAGCCCUCCAGCAAUAUGGAAGAACAGAACGAACUGCUGAACGAGUUCAACCGAACAAUACGGAAAGUGAAUGGACGGUACGAAGUCGGUCUACCGUUCAGGGUCGGCGCGGGAGAACUGAGGGAUAACCGCACGCUGGCAUUGAAACGUCUUGAGAUGGAGAAAAUCCUGAACUUCGUCACGUGCAGUGGGACGACGAAGCGCUAUGUACUCUGUGCAUCAGCUAGGGUUUUCGACCCGUUGGGACUCCUUGCUCCGUUCGUCCUACGAAUCAAGGUUUUGUUUCAAGAAAUCUGGGAACGAGGAAUUGGUUGGGACGACGAUCUAACGGACGACCUACUGGUGCAAUGGCGGCGAUGGUGCGCAGAACUUCCACAAUUAGAAGAGAUAGUGAUUCCUCGCUGCAUCGUGAAGACGCCAAGAGAAGUCAUAUGUUCUCUCCAACUACACGUCUUCUGCGACGCAAGUCCGGUGGCCUAUGGCACUUGUGCCUACCUGAGGGCUGAAGGAGAAGAUGGGAAGAUAGCGCUAUCACACUUCACUGGAUCCGCGGGUCAGCAACUCAGUGGAAGCCCUUUGUGGCAAAUCGAGUGGCAGAGCUCCAAUCUGGAGGGUCACCUUCUACAUGGAAGCACCGCCCCGGACAAGAAAAUCCAGCAGAUUUGA